GACAUGAACUUCUUUUAUCGGAAUUCAGAAGGGCCCAAAUAUCAAACAAUAGAAUUUUGGCUAAUGCCGGAACUGGAAUGUGAACAAACAUACACAUACCAGCAGUAACAGACACGUGUCUGAUUUCUUUUUUAUAAAAUAAAUAGAAAAUAAUCGGAUGAGUAUGAAUCUAGUGGUGGGGGUUCUGCGGCCACCGCUUAUUGCAUUUCGGCGAAACAAAAUCUCCAUAAUCUCGAGAGUGAAUUCAAUUGAGUCGUCAUCAUCAUCGCCCAUGGAUCAGCCGAAGCGAGUGGUUGUCUGCGGCGGCGGAGUAAUCGGAGUCUGCACCGCCUACUUUCUGGCGGAGAAGGGCGCCGCUGUCACGCUCAUCGAGAAAUCCGACGUGGCGUGCGCCGCGUCCGGAAAAGCCGGCGGAUUCCUCGCCCUCGAUUGGUGUGACGGAGGACCGUUGGAAGAGCUAGCUCGCGCCAGCUUCAAUCUCCACCGUUCGCUCUCCGAAGAACUCGAGGGUCCGCGAUCGUACGGUUACAGAGCCCUCACCACUCUCAGCCUCACCGUAACGGAAUCCGAAGGCUCCUCUUCUGCUACCUCAACGUUGCCGUCUUGGGUUGACGGACCAGCUCGUGGUGCUAAAACGAUUGGAACCACCGAAACGACGGCUCAGGUGCAUCCGAGGCUCUUCACUCGCACGCUGAUUGAUAGAGCGGUGGAGAAGCAUGGAGUGAAGGUGGAGAUUGCGAAAUUGGAACGGUUGGUUGUGGCAGAAGGACGAGUUGGAUCGGUGGUGCUUGAAGGAGGACGAGUUUUGGAAGCGGAUUCUGUUGUGUUAGCAUUGGGCCCUUGGUCCAGUAAGUUGGUUUUGUUGUCUUCGCUGUUUAGAGUUUAUGGGCUUAAGGCCCAUAGUAUUGUAUUAGAGCCCAGAGAGCCAAGUUCCAUAACCCCCCAUGCUCUCUUUCUCAGUUACUAUUCUUCCAAACGUGGAAAAUCUCUUGACCCUGAAGUGUACCCUCGUCCCACAGGGGAGGUGUAUAUAUGUGGGAUGUCGAAGGAGGAAGAGGUGCCGGAUGAUCCAGAGGAGAUAAGAGGAAACCCUGAAUCGAUUGCGAUGCUUAAGAAAGUGGCGAAGACGGUGUCGAGCUAUCUUGGGGAAGGAGUGGCACGUAUGAAGGCAGAGCAAGCGUGUUUCUUGCCGUGCACGGAUGAUGGGGUACCUGUCAUAGGAGAGGUUCCAGGGGUGAAGGGGUGUUAUGUGGCAACGGGGCAUAACUGUUGGGGUAUUCUCAAUGGUCCUGCCACUGGUGCUGCUGUUGCUGAGCUUGUUAUUGAUGGACAUUCUAGCAUUGUUGAUCUUAAGCACUUUAGUCCUGCCAGAUUCCUUGGGCGUAGAAAGGCUUAGACAAUAGACACCCUGAGUGUUAGCUUAAUAACUAUGAAUGUUGUUUUCAAUUAAUUUGGAUGGGUAGAAAAAAGUGUAGUAACUGGAUCAUCAUUUUUAUGAUCAAAUCUGUAAUUUGAAAUAAAAAAAUAAUGAAUAUAUGGCAUAUGGUAGAGAUGAUAAUGCUGGUGUUUAUUGUUU